AUGGCAACUUCAUGGGUUGUAAGUUGUUGGAUUGUUCUCCUCACGAUCGAAGGAUCCUUCACUAUGGACGAUCUGGCUGUCACAGAUUACGGAUCACUUGAAAUCUCCAUGGUGCGACAUGGAGAAAGGUAUGCCACCAACAGACCUUGCUACGAGUACGAAGAUGUUCCGCCUUUGUACCAAGGUAUGACUCACGUUCGAGGGCCGAACGAUAAAGUUGGGAUCAUAACUUUUAAAGUUAACGUUCCGAUUAUAAUCUACCUCGCCACUGAUUCUCGGUAUCCAUACAUCCAUGGAGACGAAUACGAAAAAACCAGUGACUUAGUCAUGCUGGGGGGUUGCCACAAUCCCGGGCCGGUUAAGUUCCCAAUAUACCGGAGUCGUAGGACACACGGACCUGGUUUAGUGACCGUUCACUUCAGCUCCAGCCGAAUGACCGGGAUCUUCCUUAGGGAUAACGCAUUCGAUGUGCGUCCCUAUGCUGAACUGAAAGUGACUUUCCCCGGUACUCCUCGAGAAAUAAGCAUGGUUCGGGAAGGGGAAAAGUUUAGCACCAACCGAGAUUGCUAUAGGAUGGAGGAUAUCCCUCCGAGGUAUCACGGACUGACGCAUCUUCGGGGGCCAAACGAUGAGAAAACCAUCAGUUUUUACGUGAAUAUUCCAGUGAUCGUUUAUGUCGCCAUUGACUCCCGUCACAAUCGUCACACUAUUUUGCCAUCGGAUUUUAAAGCAACCGGAGAAAGGAUCAUUCAUGGGGGUUGUCACGCACGCACGAGUUUCCCAAUAUACGAGAGGAAAUAUCUCAAAGGGGGAACUGUUACUAUUCCACUCAUCGCGUCACGGAUGUUGACAAUUAUGGUCAAACCUCUGAUGAUGAACUAA